ACAAUCUGUAUCCUAUAUGUGAUAUAUUUUAUUGGGUAUCUUUAUGUUUAUCAGAUAAAUCUCAACAAAUCAAGCAUCUGUAAUCAGCAGUAUAUAUAAAUUAUUCGCCUACGUGUUAAUCUUUUUUUUUUAAAUGGCACUUUUGUCAUCUUUGUUUGUCGCUGUGGCAGUGAAUGUGGCUGUGAUAUAUGCCGAAAGUUUCGAGCUCUCUGUGAUCCAUGUCAACGAUUUCCACGCCAGGUAUGACGAAGUCAGUCUUGCGGCUGGAGACUGUAAAACUCGCGGCGAAUGCAUAGGGGGCUAUUCCAGGAUAUAUGCUCAGAUAAGGGAGUUGCUACAGGAAAAUCCCAACUCGGUGCUACUAAAUGGAGGAGACAAUUUCCAGGGCACGUUAUACUACACCCUUGGAAAAUGGAACAUUACGCAAGAGUUUCUCAACUUACUGCCUUGGGACGCCAUAGUGCUAGGGAACCAUGAAUUCGACGACAAAAUUGCUGGGGUGGUUCCUUUCAUUGAGGCGCUAAAGGCGCCGGUAGUGGUUUCUAAUAUCGACGAUAGUUUGGAACCGACUAUUCAAGGGCUGUAUACCAAAAGUACCGUUAUUGAGAGAAAUGGGAAAAAAAUCGGGAUCAUCGGAGUGAUCUACUCUCAAACAAACAUAAUUGCCAGCUCAGAAAACCUAAAGUUUUAUCCGGAAUCACCGAGCGUCAAUGAGGAAGCCGAGCGACUAGUAAGGGAAGAAGGAGUCUUUACCAAUAUCGUAUUGUCGCAUUCCGGUUACGACAUCGAACAAGCCAUCGCCGCCAACGCCAGCGAAAAAAUAGGGUUGAUCGUCGGUGCUCACUCUCAUACAUUUCUAUGGACCGGCGCUGACCCACCUGGUCCGGACACUCCGGAAGGUCCUUAUCCUACCGUGGUGAAAAGCAAAAACAACAAAACGGUGCUCGUAGUGCAGGCGUCUGCCUACAGCAAAUAUUUAGGGAACAUCAGCGUUGUUUAUAACGACGAUGGAGAGAUUGUAGACUGGAGUGGAGCACCAAUCUAUCUAAACACGGACAAACCAACUGAUGACUCGAUCGACAAGCAAUUGGAACCGUGGAAGAGUAUAGUGGAAGCGGAAGGCUCCAGGGUACUUGGCUCUUCCAUAGUGCUGCUACAGAAAACGGGCUGCUAUUAUAAAGAAUGCACUUUGGGUAACUUUCUUGCGGACGCUUUAGUAUUCCAGUAUACCGAUAGGGCGGACGCUACAUCCUGGACCUAUGCGGCCAUUGCCCUAGUCAACGCAGGAGGAAUUCGCACGGACAUUCCAGUUGGCAAUAUCACGUACAACGACAUAUCAAUUGCCCAACCUUUCGCCAAUACUGUAGACGUGGGUGAGUUGGAAGGGCGCUACCUUAAGGAAUUGAUGGAGCAGUGCACGGAAGCUUACUCGAACCAAAGGUCGUACUCUGAUAUAAGUUUGAUACAAGUUUCCGGUAUCCACGUAGUAUUUAAUCUCACGAGACCAAAAGGAGAUAGAGUCCAAUCCAUUAAAGUCCGUUGUCAGCAGUGUCUCACUCCGGUCUACGAAGAUCUCGUCCUGGAUAAAAGUUAUCGCAUCGUGGCCCAGUCUUUCCUUAGAAGCGGAGGGGACGGCUUUAGCGCCCUUUCAGAUAAUUUAAAAAAUACAGAAAUCGGCCCGGUCGACAUUGACGUAUAUGAGAAUUACUUACGGCACCGGUCGCCGGUAUUUCAAGAAGAGGAGGAACGCAUUAUUGUGCUGAGCGACAGCGAAAUUCGAUACAAAAUGGUUGAUUAAUUAUGGUUAUUUUUUUUCUUUAAAAUUUAAUAAACGUUA